AUGGCCAAGAGUCCUGCUGCUCGCUGCAGCUCCAUGAGUGACGGGGAACGGAUGUACUGCGUUGUGAGGGGAACACUGCCCAGCUCCUGCUCCAGUUUGAGUGCAAUUGAGGCGCGCAUCCUCAAGCGGCGCUCCAGGUCCGAAUACCCACUGGCACCCAGGUGGGUGGGCAGACCGAGAGCAGCCUGCCCAGCCUUGCGCUUUUUGUCGAGGCGACGCUGGUUGCUGUUGGCCUUCUGGCGGUGCAUCUCGCACAGAUUGUGGCGUUCGCCAUUGCGUUUGAUGGCACGCAGGUUCCAGCAACGCUUGCUGGCGUAG